AUGGCCUCUAUAGCCGCCAAAACCUCGAUCUUCGAGACAUCCUGUCCUCUUACAGGAAACCCUUCCUCGCUUGUACAGUGGAAACAGACCCUCCAGGAAAUAAAGCUGCUGUACAUGCAGCGGCAGUAUAAACGAUGUGUCGCCCGUUCGUCAUCUAUCUUUUCCUCUGCCACGGAACCGAUUCACCCGGUUCAUAAGAUCUUCCUCUACUUUUACACUGCAAUAUGCUACGAGGCGAUGGGGAGAUACGCGCACGAUUACUCGAGGAACAAGAUACCGCUACUUCAGUCGGCACUGGAUUGCUUUGUUACGUGCCUUGGUGUUUUGCGGGAUGAUAUAACAGUCCUCGAGAAAUUAUCCGUUGGAAAGGACCCUAAGCCUGGUAUCCUAGGGUCCGAGGCAAAGAUUAACCCCUCCGAGGAAAUCCGCGAGGAUAACUUAAUGGCACGGGACGCGUUCAAACUGCAAGCGGAGAUCGAAUCAUUCUCUGUCUCAUUUACCUCAACAGGGAUCGCUUCUCUUUCGCCCUCGCCUUCUCCACUAUCUUCUGCAGCCUCGAGAUCUACCUCGCCGACGGAGAGUAUCGUCAGCAGUAUAACGGAUAUCAUCGACAAGACGCUCGGUUGUCCCGAGGAAGAUCCGUUUCUUUCUGACUCUGACUCCGAUAACCCUAAUGACAGUGGAAAAGUGAAUAAAUUCGGUGAUAGCGUCGGCGAUGGCAAACCACUGCUCUCCGGCUCCGACUCCCCCGAGAACGAGCCGCGUCUCAUGCCCUCGCCUCUAUAUGUUCGCAAGUCGGCCGCCCAGCCUCGACCGCUAGUAUUACCGUCACUCGAUACCGAGAACAGAAACGGAGCUUCAAAGGAUAAAGCCCGAGAUCGAGUCAAGAGGAGCAGCCGUCCACCUCCCAUCCCGCUUCCCAUAAAGCUCGGCGUGGACCCGGAGACCAACAAGUCACUGAAGAAAAGGUCCUCCUACGGCUAUAGCUUUCCAGGUUUAAAUCCCACUUCAAGACCGCUACCGACUCCACCAGCUCCACCUAGUGAUACUGCCUUAUCUGCGCAGAGACACAGCUCAACACUCACUUUCCUCAACACCCAGAUUACAUCAAGCAUCGCCUCCCUUAACAAGGCACUUAAAUCCACCGCAGCUCUUCAGCAUUCUCGUGCGAUGUUACGCCGCAACCGUGGUCUUCGGCGUUCCGUUUCAUUCUGGUCGUUCAGCCCCGUGAAACAUGGGCAUGCGGUGGGCAGCUCGGAAGGUCUCUCUUCUCCGUGUAAUGAGCAAAGCCCAAGUGAGAGUCCUUCAGCCUUGUUUUUGAAGAACAGGUCUACACCUGAAGUCUCGAGCUCGUCGUCUGCUGUCCGCCAUGGUCACGAAAGUGUCCAAGAUCGGAUCGCUCGGCUCCGAGCUGAGGGGUGGGAAACGGUUGGGUUGAAGAAUCCCACGCGUGGAUGGAAAGGGACAGAGUACUACCAGUCCUUUUGUGGGGCGGUUUUGGAUGAGCUUUAUCUUGAUGCUUGA